UCCAGCAGCCUCAGCUUCAGAGCUGGAUGCGGAACGUCAGCAUCUGGUCUGUGUGAGACCUGAUCCUGGAUGUGCAAUGUCUUCAGAGACCUGAUCCUGGACGUGAAGUGAACUCAUAGACCUGAUCCUGCAUGUGAAGUGGCUUGACAGUGGCGGUGGCGUCUUCUAGUGUGAUGCAGCUGUGUGAUGGGAGGAUUCACCGGACACGAUGGGCAACAAGCAGACGACCUUCACUGAGGAGCAGCUGGAGGCGUAUCAGGACUGUACUUUUUUCACUCGGAAGGAAAUCCUGAGUCUGCAUGGAAGAUACCGAGAGCUGGCUCCACAUUUAGUGCCCCUGGACUACACAAACAACCCCAACAUCAAAGUCCCCUUGUCUCUCAUCAUCACCAUGCCUGAACUGAAGGAGAAUCCAUUCAGAGACAGAAUUGUAGAGACGUUCUCUGAGGAUGGACAGGGGAACAUGAGCUUCAACGAUUUUGUCGACAUGUUUUCUGCCCUCUGUGAAACUUCACCUAUAGAGCUCAAAACUGUCUAUGCCUUCAAAAUCUACGACUUUAAUCGGGACAACUUCAUCUGUAAGGAGGACCUGCAAAAGACCCUGAACAAGCUCACCAAAGGGGAGCUGACAGCAGAGGAGGUCACUCUGGUGUGCGAUAAAGCUAUCGAGGAGGCUGAUCUGGAUGGAGACAGCAAACUCUCCUUUGCUGACUUUGAAAACAUGAUCUCCAAAGCUCCUGACUUUCUGAGUAACUUCCACAUACGAAUAUGAGCCUGGGUCUCUUACAUAGAUCCUGAAGAAGACAGAUGUCUCACUCAAACCCGUUUCUGCCUCGAUUCAGUGCCUAUCCUUUCCACCAAGAGUCUUCUUCCGAAGAGGACUGUGACCAGAACUCUGAGCAGCACAGAGGAUGGUUCUGGAUCCUUCCGUCUCUUCCAGUAGAUGUUGUUCCUGCACAAAGUUGUCGUCCAGACUAAACCCAUGUGGUCUGUGACGGCUUGAGACAAACCAGAAGAACAGUGCUGCAUAACUUCAGUGCUUUGCAGUCUGUCUGCGCUGCAGACUGGACUCUUGUCUAAAAGCACACCUUUAAAGGGCAAACAGUGAGGAGCUAUGCAAUCUUUCUUCCUGAUGUGCAUGUUGUAUAUAGCUUCCAGCUGGUGAGUUUGUUUUAGUAAAGUGUCUGGUGCACACUGACAAUCAUAGUAAACUGUAGCUCAGUUGAUGGAAGGGCUCUUUGUCAUCUCACCUGUAAGUCUGGCUUUCGUACACCA